AUGGAUAUUCAAUUAGAAUUUGAUGAACCAUUUAGUGGUAUCAUUUUUGCUGAUAAGGCUUAUAAUGAUAGUGCAUGUCGUUGGGAUGGUAAAUAUAAUAUCAAAAUGAAUGUUAGCAUUCCUAUUUUUGGAUCAGAUGGAAGCUAUGCAUGUGGUAUUAAGUUGCAACAGAAAACAGGUGAAAUAACCUCAAUGCUAAUUAUAAGCCCAAUGAAGAAUAUUUUGGUAGAUGGCGUAACAAACUUGCAAAUACGAUGUUUAUAUGCGACAAAUGAUAUUACUAUCACUAUGGCUGGUUUACAACUUGU